CGAAGAUUGGCGGGAACCCUUAGGGGCGGGGCCGCAGUUUCCCGCGAAAUAUUGUCGGGAUCCGGCGUCUUCUGGUGUUGGGGUCCUCGCCAGCCAGGUGAAUCCCCCUCCGAGCUUGGCCGCUCUUCAUCAUGUCCUCGUCUCCCGCCUCGACCCCUAGCCGCCGAAGCAGCCGGCGCGGCCGGGCCAGCAACCCUUCCACGCCUCGCAGCGAGAAUGCCAAGUCCUCUCCAUCUCAGAGGCGCCGACGGGAAGAUUCCACAUCCACGGGAGAGUUACAGCCUAUGCCCACCUCUCCUGGGGCUGAUAUGCAGAGUCCUGCUACACAGGAUGCCUUGUUUUCCAGCCCACCCCCGUUUCGUUCUUCAGCUAUUCCUCUUGAAUUUGAUCUCAGUUCACCCUUGACAUAUGGUACUCCCAGUUCACGAGUAGAAGGAACUCCAAGGAGUGGUGUUCGGGGAACACCAGUGAGGCAGAGACCUGAUCUUGGAUCUGCACGCAAGGGUCGUCAAGUAGAUCUGCACUCUGAUGGGCCAGCUGCAGAAGACGCAGUUGCAAGUGAACAGUCUCUUGGCCAAAAACUUGUGAUUUGGGGAACAGAUGUAAAUGUAGCUACAUGCAAAGAACACUUUCAGCGAUUUCUUCAACGUUUUAUUGACCCCUUGGCCUCAGAAGAAGAGAAUAUAGGCAUAGAUCUCAAUGAGCCUUUAUACAUGCAGCGACUUGCAGAGAUCAAUGUUAUUGGGGAACCAUUUUUAAAUGUAAAUUGCGAACAUCUGAAAUCAUUUGACAAAAAUUUGUACAGACAACUUAUCUCCUACCCACAGGAAGUUAUCCCAACAUUUGAUAUGGCUGUCAAUGAAAUCUUCUUUGAUCGUUAUCCUGACUCAAUAUUGGAACAUCAGAUUCAAGUCCGACCAUUCAAUGCAGUGAAGACUAGGAACAUGAGAAACCUAAACCCAGAAGAUAUUGAUCAGCUAAUUACCAUCAGUGGCAUGGUAAUCAGAUCAUCCCAGUUAAUUCCAGAGAUGCAAGAAGCAUUUUUCCAGUGUCAGGUUUGCGCCUUUACCACAAGAGUUGAAAUUGAUCGUGGCCGGAUUGCUGAACCUUCCGUAUGCAAGCACUGUAACACGAAACACAGCAUGGCACUGAUCCACAAUCGCUCCAUGUUUUCUGACAAACAGAUGAUCAAACUGCAGGAGUCUCCUGAGGAUAUGCCAGCGGGACAGACUCCUCACACUGUAGUUCUCUUUGCUCACAAUGACCUCGUUGAUAAGGUUCAGCCUGGUGAUAGGGUGAAUGUUACAGGGAUCUAUAGAGCUGUUCCUGUUCGAGUCAAUCCAAGGAUGAGCAGCGUCAAAUCUGUCUAUAAGACCCACAUUGACGUCAUUCACUAUCGUAAGACUGAUGCCAAACGCCUUCAUGGUCUUGAUGAAGAAGCUGAACAGAAACUUUUUUCAGAGAAUCGCGUGGAAAUGCUGAAGGAGCUUUCCAGGAAGCCAGACAUUUAUGAGAGACUUUCUUCAGCCUUGGCUCCAAGCAUUUAUGAACAUGAAGAUAUCAAAAAGGGUAUUUUGCUUCAGCUGUUUGGAGGAACGAGAAAGGAUUUUAGUCACACUGGAAGGGGCAAAUUCCGUGCUGAGAUCAAUAUCCUUCUGUGUGGGGAUCCUGGGACCAGUAAGUCCCAGCUGCUACAAUAUGUCUACAACCUUGUUCCCCGAGGACAGUACACAUCUGGGAAAGGCUCUAGUGCCGUUGGUCUUACUGCAUAUGUCAUGAAAGACCCAGAAACAAGACAGCUGGUCUUACAGACAGGUGCCCUGGUCUUGAGUGACAAUGGUAUUUGUUGUAUUGAUGAAUUUGACAAGAUGAAUGAAAGUACAAGAUCAGUACUUCAUGAAGUAAUGGAACAACAGACUCUCUCAAUUGCUAAGGCUGGAAUUAUUUGUCAGCUGAAUGCUCGAACUUCUAUCUUAGCAGCUGCUAAUCCUAUAGAGUCCCAAUGGAAUCCUAAGAAAACUACCAUUGAAAAUAUUCAACUUCCCCAUACUUUAUUAUCAAGAUUUGAUUUGAUUUUCCUCAUGCUGGACCCUCAAGACGAAGCCUAUGACCGGCGCCUUGCCCACCAUUUGGUCUCUCUGUACUACCAGAGUGAAGCGCAAGUAGAAGAGGAGUUCAUGGAUAUGGCGGUCCUGAAGGACUACAUCGCAUAUGCUCACAGCUCUAUUACUCCUAGACUAAGUGAAGAAGCAAGCCAGGCCUUAAUUGAGGCAUAUGUAGACAUGAGGAAGAUUGGAAGUGGCAGAGGAAUGGUUUCUGCAUAUCCCCGACAGCUGGAGUCAUUGAUACGUUUAUCAGAAGCUCACGCCAAAGUGCGAUUUUCAAACAAAGUUGAAGCAAUUGAUGUUGAAGAAGCAAAACGCCUCCAUCGUGAGGCACUUAAACAGUCCGCUACUGACCCAAGGACUGGCAUUGUGGACAUAUCUAUUCUCACUACAGGAAUGAGUGCCACAUCUCGAAAAAGAAAAGAAGAAUUAGCUGAGGCUUUGAAGAAGCUUAUUCAAUCAAAGGGCAAAACCCCAGCUCUAAAAUACCAGCAACUCUUUGAAGAUAUUCGAGGACAAUCUGACAUAGCUAUUACUAAAGAUAUGUUUGAAGAAGCUCUACGUGCUUUGGCUGAUGAUGACUUCUUGACAGUGACUGGGAAGACUGUUCGAUUACUCUGAAGAAAUAAGAUAUGGACACUUAUGUUCUGCUUUUCUACACAGAUGUUUCACUUGAUUCUUUAGUUAAAACUACUGGUAUUCCUUCAUUAUUUGCUAGUCAGCUAAUAGCACUGCCAUCAGUGUAAAUAGCUAAUUUCUAAGAGUACUAAGCCCUAAUCUGUUUUUCAAAUGUUAAUUAGGAAUCCAUUUUUAUAAUGAACUCUGUUCAUUAGAAAUGCUUUAAAUAAAAGUUUUCCUUU